CAUGAACCUAAUUAAAACAAUUAUGUCUAAUUCAAUGAUCGGUUUAUAUAUCUUAAUAAUCAAAUAACAUAAUAAUAAUAAAUGAUGUAUAAUUUUAUUCAAUAUUUCUUUUUAAUAUUUUAUAAUUUCAUUUAUAUUUCAACUGUAUUAUCAUAUCAAAAUAUAGAAACAAAAUGGAUACCAUUAAUUGGGAAUUGGAUAAUUUCUAAUCAAACUAUAUCAAAACAAAUUUAUACAAAAUUUGGUAUAGAUAGUUAUAGUACACAAUGGAUAAUUGAUAAUAAUAAUAAUAAUAAUAAUAAUCCUUUUAUUGAUGAUAAUGAUGUAAAAUUAAGAUGGAUAGCAUAUGAUAAUUGGACAUUUACUAAAAUUUUUAUCAUUGAACAAUUCAAUUUCAAUAAUACUAUAGAAUUAUAUAUAGAUGGUAUAGAUACAUUUUGUGAGAUCAUUUUAAAUAAUCAUUUAUUAGAAGUUACAGAGAAUAGUUUUUUAUCAUAUACAUGGAAAAUUAAUCAUUUAUUAAACUUAAAACGAAUAAAUAUAUUAGAAAUAAAAUGUAUAUCAACUGUAUUAAUGGCAAAGAAAAAAGCGGAACUAAUGAAAGUUAGAAAAAAAUCGAUUCCACCACCAUUUUGUUGGCCAUCUAGAUUUCAUGGUGAAUGUCAUGUAAAUCUUGUUAGGACAACACAAUCAAUAUUUGGUUGGGAUUGGGGAUUAACUUUACCUAUUCAAGGAUUAUGGACAUUACCUCAGUUGGUGGUUUCACCUUCAGGUUUAAGAUUCGGUGAAAGAUUUAAAUUCUAUGCUUAUUCACAACAUGAUCAAUUUAAAUUAUGGAGUGCUGAAAUUGAUGUAGAAAUUGUAGUCAAUAUGCCGUCAUACAAUCGUCUAUCAAAAGCAUGUAUCUAUUCAUAUAUCGAAGAAUUAAAUGUAUUUGGAAGAAAGUGUUUUGGAAUGGAAAAUGAAAUGAUCACUAUGGAGGUGUUACGUAAUCAAUCAAAAGUUAAAUUAUGGUGGCCUAUUGGUACGGAGACUGGACCAUAUCUUUAUACAUUAGUACUCUACUUAACAGUUGGUUCCAACAAGAUUGUCGAUAAAAAAGAAUAUUCAAUAGGUUUUCGUGAAGUGGAGUUAAUUGAGGAUUAUGUGGAUUCAUCACACAUUGAAUUAGGUCGAACAUUUUAUUUUAAAAUUAAUGGUUUGCCAAUAUUCAUAACAGGUGCUAAUUGGAUACCUGCAAGAUAUAUGCCAGGUAGACAGUAUAUUUUAAUGCAUAAUGUAACGAAUGAUCGCAUUUGGUUAGAAAAACGACUUCUUCGUUCAGCAAGUCUAUCAGGAAUUAAUCUAAUAAGAAUAUGGGGAGGUGGACGUUAUGAAGAUGAUGAAUUUUACAAAGAAGCAGAUAGGCUUGGUUUGAUGAUAUGGCAUGAUAUGAUGUUUGCAGUAGCUACUUAUCCAGAUAAAGAAAGAAAUGAUACUGUUGAAAAAGAAAUCAGAAGGCAAAUAUCACGAUUACACUAUCAUCCAUCUAUUAUAGUUUGGUCGACAGAUAAUGAAGUGAAACAAGCUAUUGCAAAUGGUUGGUAUGGUCCACCGAUGGAUUUAACAUUAUUAGGUAUAUUUAAAUCUAGAUUUGUCGAGUCAAUAUUUAAUGUGAUCAAUGACGAAGAGAAUGGUCGAGGUUCAGCCAGACGUUGGGAAGCUUCAAAAUAUAAACCUAGAAGAUGUCUUAUCUCUUCACCUGGUAAUGGAUAUCUAACAGAGAAAUUCAAAGGAUUGGAUCCGGACCCAGAUAACCCACUAUAUGGUGAUAUACAUUAUUACACGUAUUCUGGUGAUUUAUGGUCAGAAUCUAAUUAUGUACUGGGACGUUUUAUAUCAGAAUUCGGCAUACAAUCUAUUCCAUCUCCAUUAGCUUGGGCCAGAUCAAUUUCAAAUAUAUCGAAUCCAAAACAAUGGGAUGUAUUCGGUUCACUGAUGGACCAUAGACAACAUCAUCAAUUAGGUCAUCAAAUGCUCAGAUUAGCGCUUGAGUAUAUCACGGAACCAGCAAAUAGACAAGAUCCGAUUCGUAAUUACAGUCGAAAAGGUAGAAUAAUUCAAAUUAUUAUAAGAAAUAAUUUACAUUCUAUAAUAUCUGAUAAAAAUGUAUUAUUAUUAGAUAAACCAAUACAAAUUAAAAUAUGGCCUAAAAAUGCUGGAAAAACUUUACAAAUUAAAUCAAUCAAAUUAUUGAAUAUAAUGAAUAAUUUAUUAAAAAUUCAAAAAAUGGCACCAUUUUUAACUAAUUAUAUUUAUGAAAUUAUAAUUGAAUCGAAAUCACCAGAAUUAUUUAUUAAUUUGGAUAUAGAUCCAAGACUUGAUGUAGAAUUUUGGUUUUCAAUAAAUGGUUUUCAUUUAAUAAAUGAAAAUGAAAAAAUAAUACAUUUAUGUAUAUCAGGAAAUAAAACAAUUUCAAUAGAUGUAUUAAAACAAUAUUUAUGGAUUGAAUCACUUGCAACAUUGAAUAUGAAAGAAUUGUGACAAAAAAUUUCUUUUGAUAAUUUACUUUUUAUUAUAUUCUGGUUUAAAAAUUAUUUUUUCUUAAAUGUUUUUAAUUCAGCAAUAGAUUAUAUAUGUUGUAUGCUUUUAUAUAUAUUUUUGUAGUGGCUACUUACAAGUAGUUUGUUGAUUAAAAGUAAAAUGUUUUACUAGCAUAGAGGUCGUGGAGAUUAUUAAGUUUUUGAUUGAGAUCAUGAACCGAUUGAUGUUAGACCACCGUUGGAAUCCUGGAAGCACUGGACGACCAUUUCGUCCUAUUGUCGGGUAAAGACAGGUAUCUACCUCAGUACAAUGGAAGAUGGUCGCGCAAUUUCGUGGAUUGGUUGAUGUUAGACACUUACCAUUGGAUGCCGGCUCAGUGGUCCAGUAGGUUAAGCGUUCGCGCACGAGACCGAAGGCCCUGGGUCCCGCGAGCGGGAUCGUGGAUGCGCACCGCUGAGGAGUCCCUUACUAGGACGAAACGGUCGUCUAGUGCUUCCAGGUUUCCAAAGAUGGUGGUCUAACAUCAAUCGGUUCAUGAUCUUAGUCAUAAAAUGUUUUACUGAAAAAUUGUUAUAAAACGGAGUAGACAUAAUCAGAC